GACUUCAGCGUUCAAUAUACCAGCAGAGAAAGACCAGAGUAUAAUAUUAGAAAUCAGAGGGAAACGAAAAAAGAUUCUAGUCGCCGUUCGUGCCCCCAGCGGGUCCCAAUCAACUUCUUAAAAACUUCCCCGCAUCACCCACAAACAAUUGCAUUUUUUUGCAUUCCGCAUAUUGAUACCUGAAAAUUCCCUAUUACGAUCUUAAAACCCUACGCAACACACAAGGAAGCACAAAGCAGAAAGAGGGGGGGAGAGAGGGUGAAAAAAACAAAACAUAACUAUAUCAUCGAUUUUACAGAGCAAAAACGCGCAGCCGGAAACCAUGCUAUCGCAAAAGAUAAACUCUCACAAGCCGCCAGAGUAUAUCCUCGAGGUCUUCGCAGAUCCCACAUCUGUCAAGGAUAUUGUCAAAGGCAUUCUCCACACAAUCUUCUUCCACCGCUACUUCCCCUGCAUCCGCCCCACCUCCCUUGACGUGCUCAACCUCACCUUACCUGCCAUCAGCGACGUCGAGCUCGAAACCCUCAUCGACGCGCGCGUCAACGCGCUGGUGCGCCACCAUCUGUCCUCGUCGGCCAAUUCGCCGAAUGGCGGCGUGCGAGGGCGAAUUGCGGUGCAGUUCUUUGAGAAGCGAAGGCGGAAGGUGGCUGGUGGGUUUGGGGCGGGUCUUGUUGGGGGCGGUAGGUGGUUUGUAGGCGGGCUGGCGGGGAGAGGCGUGGGCGGCGUUGGUGGCGGCCGUGGUGGUGGGGCUGGGGAAGUGGGAGCAGGGGGGGUUGGUGGUGGUGCUACGGGUAUGAAUGAGGAGGAGGUGUGUUGGGAAGUGUGGACGGUUGAUGUUACGAUUGCGACGCCGCGGACGGAGUCGGAUCGCACCAAAGUCCGCAAAGCCAUGGAAAAAAUGCUACAGAACGCCGUGUUUAAGAUCGUUUCUGUCGUCAACAAGGACAAGGAUCACAUCCCGCCCAUUACCACGAGCGAUGCCAAUCCAUUCCCAUAUCAGAUCGUCCUGAAUCCCAAGUUGGAUAAUUGGGGGAAUAAGUUCGGGCUAUAUUGA